AAAACAAACAACUCAAUAAACCAGCAGGGCAGAAACCUUUUUUUUCUCUCCCGGCUCUGACCUCUGAUGGUCGUGUUACUUCCGUGUUCCGCUCACCUGUUACACCUGUGUCACAGCGCUGUAACUGACUCCAGCUCUGCCGGUGCACCUGUUGCGUUAUUGUGCCAUGACCGAGGAGCUAAAAACAUGCGAGUUAGUAUGCUCAUCACCGGGUGACCCAAGGGAGACUUUACACACCGUGAGACCCAAAGACAUGGAUGGUGAGCAGCCUAUUUUCUCCGUGUUGAGCGGCGGUGUGAGGCAGCAGCAGGCGGGGGACACAACUGCGGUGACGCGGUGCGGCGGUGGCGGCGGUGGCAACGGAACGACCUCACCGGCUGCGACCACUUCCGACAACGAGUCUGGCAUCUUCUCCGGUGAAUGUGAGCUCUGUGUGGAGCAUGAGUCUGAGCUGGACUGGUACUGCGGCACCGAGCAGAAACUCAUCUGCUCACACUGCGCCAUCGUAGGGCCUUGCCACGGACACACCGUGACCCCUCUGGCUACCAGAGUUACCGCAGUCAGGAAUCGACUGGUGGAUGUGUGUGAGAAAAUGCAGCUGCAGGCACUGAGGAUUGAAAGGUUUAUCGAGCAGACGCUGACAGCCAAAGAGCAACAGCUUCAGGUAUCGGCGAGCAGGGCGAGGGAGCAAGUGCUGGCUCAGGUCACCGCGGCACGUGAAGCCCUGGACGAGGAGGAGCAGCGUCUCCUGGAGGAGGUGCAGAGGGAGGAGGAGCGGGUGGAGCAGUGUCUCCUCACCCAGAAAGCCCACUGGAGCCAAGCCAUGGCGAAUCUGUCGCAAACACGCUCCCGCCUGGUGCACACCCUGACUCACACUCCAGACGCACAGUUGGCGAUAAGUGCCCAGGAGAUAGCUGAAAGAGUGGAGGAGGCAGAGGGGGUCGGGGAGCCCUGUGAUACAGUCCAGCUCAACAUGAACCCAGGCUGCGGUGACAGCAAGCUGCUGAGAGGGCUGUGGGCCACGGCAGUACUGCAGGGACCAAACGCUUACGGUUCAUCUCAUCUAAAGUUUGACGAGCGCACAUUGAGCCCUCUCCUGUCCCUCUCUGAUGACUUGUGCACUUUGACCUUCCUCCACAAAAAACCCCGCCAAUCCCCGCCCUACGACCCUGCACGAUUCGACUGUUGGCCCAAUGUUCUGGGUUCGCUGUCUAUGUCCUCCGGCACCCACAGCUGGGUGGUGGAUGUAGGCCAGAGUGGUGCCUUUAAGGUCGGGGUCUGCUACGCCAGCCUGGAGCGCAAAGGCUCCGGGAACGAGUCCCGGCUGGGCUACAACAGUCAGUCCUGGGUGUUGUCUCACUAUGACGGGGACUACUCCUUCUGCCACGCGGGGAAGAAGGAGCCCCUGCAGGUUAUAAAGAGACCCCAGAGGAUCGGCCUGCUGCUGGACUGGCCGAGUCAGACGCUGCUGUUUUAUGAGCCGGACUCCAGUGCCGUGCUACACUCCAUCACGCAUCACUUCAGCGCCCCUCUGCUGCCAGCGUGUGCCGUGACUGACCGCAGUAUCACCAUACUGCACUAACAGACCACCAACGCUGCCAAAACUACAAAUGACCUUAAACAUGUGAAGAAAUGCCAAUGUAAAUAUGAUCAGCAGUUAAACAUCCUCCAUCUGUGCAAUAAUGAAACUCCAGCUUUGACAUGGCAUAAAUUUUUAUUUAUUCUUACUGUGAUUCUUUUUUUACUAUUUUAAAUGGCUAUUUCUUUAUCUAUUGAUCAUAUUCAUACAGUAGUGCUAUAACAACAACUAUUGUGACUGACGAUGAUUGUUUUUUAAUGAAGUUUUAUUAUUUGAUCUGUGUUAGGAAGCUUCCUGAAGGCUCCAUAUAAAAAAAUAUGAAUCAUACUGAUUGAUCCAGGACUGUUUGAAAUGUCACGUGGCAAAGAAACUCAAUAUGGAAACUCAACUGAGAUCAUUUUGUUUUUAUGUCAUGUGCUCAGUAAACGAAUUAUCACAAUUUGACGAUUUCAUUUCCUGACGCUGCAGUAGAUAUUUCAGUGAAUACACAACGUUUUGUUUUGUAAUUUCCUUUGCUAUAACAUUUUUCCAGAGAUGAAGAGUUUUGAGUUUGUCCUUUUCUGACACAGCAAGGUUUUCUUUUGCGUGCAUGUGUCAGCUGGGAUACAUCACAUAUCCAGUUUGCUGGUAGGGACUCAGCAGGAAGAUAAGAUAUGUUAACAGAGCGAGUGAAACUCGAUCUUGUUUUGUUAAAGGGGACAUAUCACGCUUUUCAUAAUUUUCUAUCAUUUAUAUACUGUUAUAAUGUUAGAUGUCAAACAAGUUCCAAAACUUGAGGUGAACAUAUGUAGAAAUGCUUCAUGAAAGUGAAAAACCCGGGCUUCAGGCUGCUCUGAAUGCUCCAUUUGCAAUAUUACUUGUACUUCCCCAUCGAACUGGUGUCCGAUUGUUCACACGUACCCGUCUGUUCCAUAGUCUUUGUUGCUUAGGUUGUUCCACGGGUUGUUCGCAUUGUCCACUUGCAUAUUU